AUGAGCACCAAAAAGGCCCUCAAGUCUAUCAGAGGGUUGAUCGAAAAUGGAGACUAUCAAGCUGCAGUUUAUGAAGCCACCGAAUGUCUAAAGGGGCUCAGUGGAAAGGACGAAGAAGCGGCAGGCAUCCUCGUAUUCCGUGGACUUGCCUUGACGCACCUCGAUCGCAAAGAUGAGGCUGAAAAGUGCUAUAUACAUGCCUAUAAGCUCCAACCGGACAACAAGCUCGCAACCGUCGGGCUGAGGAAGCUGUAUGAGAAAGAAAAGCAGUGGGACAAGGUGGCCAGAUUUCUCGAAGUCAUCGUCCAGCGAGCGUAUGACGACGGCGAUGCAGAUGCAUGCCUCGCAACACUUCAGGAACUCUUAGAGUUGAGACAUCAGCAUGGACCGGAGACUGAUCUCUACAAUCUCCUUCAUCUGUUUCUUCCUUCCUCGCCUCUCGUGCCUUUUCUUCAAUCUCUGCCUCCUCCUGCAGGAUCGUUCACCCCGUUUCCUAUGCCGAUAUACCCACCCAAAUCGUUCGCAGUCCUACCGACACUCCCCAAAACCCUUCCUCACGUCUCCCAUCUCCUCUCAUCACUACCUCUCCUGCUCAACCUCUUAAUUCGUUCGCAAGGUUUGGUACAUCAGACCGUUGAAGCUCAGGUCAAAGCUGGGAGAACGAGACUUGGAGCUGGACCAGAGAAAGAGGUGCGCAAAAAUGUCGAAGGACAAGUAUUGGGCGGCAAACUCGGCUCGGAUUUGGUCACUCUGUUACGAGAAGUUGGAAGUCAUGCUGGAGUCGAGGAGAGCGUUCGGAGAGAUGUCGAGGUGAAGGAAUUUGAAUACUGGAGAAAGCUUGUGGGUUGUCUGUCCGAGGAUACCCCGGCAAAGGAUGCAAAACCAAGCAAGGCCAAGGGCAAGUCUAGGCCAGCGCCUCUACCACCAGUAUCAGGAGAUGCUUUCGCUGUUCCACCGCUUUUCGCGCUGUCCGACGAGCCCGUUCAGCCGACUAAAGCGGAAGCUCUAUCGAGAGCAGAUGGACUAGCCAAGGGCUUUAUUUUGCUGGCUGUGGCCAAUCAGGGGGCGGAGGAAGCUUGGACCUGGGUCAUAGAGGGCACUGAUGAACCUAGCAUCUUCUACGAUCUCGAGCUCCUGCAUAAAUUUGCCACUGCUUUCCCUGAAUCUCCCAUGACUGACUUUAUCGAUGACUAUUGCCGAUGGUUCAAACUUCCUUUACCACAAUCGGAGGAAGAGGAGGGAGCUGCGAGCGAGACACCGGUGCCGGAACCAGAGACUCAGAAGAAGAGGAGAUGGGGACGAGGAAAAAAGAUCAAUGCGCGAGAGAGGAGAAAGCUGCGUCGAGUUGCGCAGAGGGCAGGGACGCUGAACGAAGAUGUCGAUCAAGAAGAGCGAGACGAGUUGGUGGCAUCUAUGACGAAGCUAUUGGAGAAGCUUCAGCGGUCAGUAUUUGUUCAUCGAGUCAUGGCUCGUAUCUCGACGCAAGAGGAGGAUUGGGCCAAUGCCGUGGCGUUCGCAGAGAGAGCGAGGAUCUUGCUGAAAGAGUCGGAAGCUGAGAGAGGCGUCAGCUUUUCAAAGGCACGCUUAUCACUCGAUACAAACCUUGGAGUCGCUCUUGUACCUUAUUUCCCACCGAAACACCAUUCUCGAGCCACGCGACUGCUGAACGGUGUUCUCAAUGUCGAGCCGUCCAACGCCGAAGCUAGAUUUGCGCGAGGUCAGAUCUGCCAAACGGCUCUGAAAUGGUCUCAGGCCCGAGAAUAUUUCCAGACAAUCGUAGAUGGUGGCGCGACGGAUGCGGGUCAAUUGGUCGCUGCGAAGGAAGAGGUCGCCUGGUGUCUUGUCAACGAGGGUCGACUGGAACAAGGUAGAACCGUCCUGGAAGAGGUCGUUGAACUACGAGAUUCGCGAUGGGAGGAGACCCACAAGGAUGAUGAGGCUUUCCCAAGAGCUCGGGCAUGGUACCGUCUUGGACAGACAGAGUGGAUGAUAGGAGACGACGAAAGUAGGUCUCAUGCCGAGGACUGGUUCAUGGCUUCGAUUCGGGCGUUGCCAACUUUUGCGCCGGCGUACACAUCACUCGGUGUCGCAUACCUGGCGGCCACGCCUCCAGAUGACGAGCGGGCACUCAAAUGCUUUCAAAAGGCCUUUGAGCUCGACGCCACCGAAGUCGAAGCUGCUCAACGGCUCGCCAAGGGUUAUGCGGACGAUGAUGAGUGGGCAUUGGUCCGUUUGGUAGCCAAUAGAGUCAUGGAAGGUGAAGGCGGUGUCGAAGGAGUGAAGGGAGGCGAUGUCACAGGUGCCAAAGGCCGACUUGCUCCAAGGAAUGGUUGGGCUUGGAAAGCGUUAGGCUCGACGGAGAUGCAUUAUCGUAAUUACGCCAAAGCGGCUCAAGCAUUUCAGAUUGCUCUCAGAACUGAUCCGGACGACUCAACAACGUGGAUUCAGCUCGGCGAAUCCUAUGCCAAGUGCGGUCGACAGAUGGCUGGUCUUAAAGCGCUAGAAAAGGCUCUGGAAAUCGACCCAUCGGCUUGGAUCGCCUGGUACGAUAUUGGCGAUAUUCACGCUCAGCUCGGGUCGUUCGAAGUUGCCAUUGAGGCAUUUGAAAAGGUCACAGCAUCGAUGACUGGAGAGGUUGGUGUCAUGGCUAAAAUGUCGGAAGCGUAUCUCUCGCUUGGGCGCGAAGCCCUAUCAGCUGGGUAUCGCGAGAGAUCAAGACGAGCAUUCCUUCACGCCAUCGAGCUGGCAUGCAAUGUCCUUGAGACAAGAUCCGGUCAUCGUCCUUGGGCCUGGAAAGUCAUCGGGGAUGCUGCUUUCGAACUGGAUCACAUCGCUGAGGAUGACUGUCAAGUCAUGGAGAGAGUACUGGAGCUGCUGGUGGAAGACGAUAACGAUAAGAGGGCCCCUUACCAUCUCGCACGGUGGAUAUCAGUCUUCGCUUUCACCUAUCGCGCAUGGUUAUUGAAGAACGAACCGAGAGUGGUGACUAUGGCCUUGUACGACCUUGGAACAGCGCUUCACGCUCUGUCCCGCCAUGUGAGCGUAGAGGACAAGAAGACAUGUAUCAAGACUGCCAUCGGACAUGUCCGAAACGCUCUCGAUCGGGACGCGGGUGAUGAACGAUUGUGGAAUGCUUUGGCGGUAUUGUGCGAAGAAGGUGGAGAGGAAGUCGCUCAGCACGCUUUUGUCGUCUCGCUCGAGCUAUACACCAAGGACCCAAUUGUCUGGACGAAUCUUGGUUAUCUUUAUUUCCGUCUCGCGGACGUCGAUCUGGCUUCUCAGUGCUUCCUCAGGGCUCAAAUCACGGAUCCCGAUUAUGCUCGUGCUUGGUUGGGUCAGGGACUUAUCGCGGUCCAGCAGGGAGACAAGCCACAAGCGCAGGCAUUAUUCGCGCAUGCAGUCACGCUCUCAGCUGGUUCAUUACUUGAAGCGGACCUCGCUUCAGCCUCGCUCGCAUUUGAGCCCUUCUUGCGAUCCACAAAUCCGCCGCCAUUGUCUAUCCUCCAUUCGACUGCGUUUGCGCUACGUCAUUACGUCCAUCAACGACCAGAAGACUCGUCUGCAAAUAACCUCUUUGGUCUCGUCUGCGAGCGUCUGGGUCUCAUUGACGAAAGUAUGUCGGCUUUUGAGUCAGCGACCCGCAUCCUCGAGCACGAAUUCGAAGUCACAGAAUCUCCAGAGGUGGAGCAAAAGUACCUCGUGGCACUGGUCAACCUAGGAAGGGUCAAAUUGGUCUCACGUCAAUAUGAGUCUGCUCUGAAGAGCUAUUCGGAUGCGCUUGAACUGGCCACUUCACAACCCGCGUCGGGCUCGUGGAUAGAUGCCGAGCUGGUCAAGAUACGUAUCCAGUGCCUGGUGGGACAAGCCCUGAGCCAUUCUUGGCUUGGCGAUCCGGACCAAUCUCUAUCCGCAUUCGAGCGUGCGAUGAGCGAAGCAGAGACAUGCUCUACAGAGGCAGGAGAAAUCUCUUUGAAAGAGAUUGUUGCUGUGCUGCUUGCCAGGACACUUUGGGGCCUAGGAGGUGAAGAGGCGAGGGAGGCGGCCAAAUCGCAUCUGUUGGAAUGCCUAUCUUCUGAGACACCCGCCAUAUCAGUGGUCACAACGUUGCUGGCGAUCGCGCUGGUAUCGGCAGAUGAAGAUCUGAUCGAAGCUUGCAUCUCGGAGCUCUCGUCAUUGACUUCAGACAGACUGAAAGCCGAUGAUCCCAAAGACACUGUAACGGAUAUUAUGGUGUCUCAUGGUCUCCUUCAAAGCGAUAUCGAUGGCACCAAACAGCUUCUUGACAAGCGCAUCCAUCAAGACCCCUCGAGUCUCCAACCUCGCAUCAGAUUGGCCAAACUGCUCCUGUCCCUUGGUGAAUUGGAUCAGGUUCCUCUCCUGUUGGAGCCACUACCUGGCUACCUGGCUGUCGAAUCCAGCGUCGAUCAGAGUGAAAUUUUACGAUUGCUUGGUCUGUCGAAGAUCAGGAACGGCGAAACGUCAGGCUCCAUAAACGUGCAGAAGGCAUCGUUCAUAGCUCCUUGGGUGGAGCGUGUGAUCGCGUGA